AUGGCUGAAAAUACGGAAUUUAUCGAAAAUGCUUUGUUAUGCGAUAACGUUAACUUGACGGGUUACGCCGAUACUGAUGAUGAUGAUGGGCAUGGUGAUGUUGAUGGUGAUAACAUUGAUACCGCUAGCGAUGUUACUACGGAAAAUGUUAAUAAUGAUGAUAUUGUCGAUGUUGACGAAAAUAUUUAUUCAUUUGAUGGGCAUAAUGGCAUGCAGGAUUCAAAUAUCGAUGACGAAAGUAAAUUUGAGGAUGUUGAAAUUGAGGAAGAGGGGUUGGAUGAAAAAACAAUACAAUCCUUUUUAAAACAAUUAAUUCAACUACAAGAUCAGGCUGUAAAAAAAAAGAAGGAGAACCGUCUUAUACCCUGUGUGGCAAAUUUUCUGAAAUUAGAUUUAGAUCAGAAAAGCGAACAAAUUACCCCGACCAUUAUAAGACAUCUGCUACAUAUAACGCAAUUAAUUGUACGUAACAAACUCGACAUUAAAAUAGAUCAUGGUGAUCGCGGUGUUUUAGAAUAUAUCACGAGUAAAGAUUGUCCAAAAAAAGAUAUAAAAUUUACGUUUGUAGAAAAUAUGCGCAUUCACGGUUAUAUUCGGAAAGCCAUUGCACAACUGCAGACGAUCAAAAAAGAUCAUUUGAAAAAAAAUGGGCGACGAAGUCAAGCGGUUAGCCCUGAUAGACGCAAAUAAGUUGAAUACCCUGAUGGACAUGCUUGCUAAAAAUAAUUCGCGGCAAGAAUUGUUGAGUGAUGCAAAACGUAGUGCCGAGGAAGCGGGUCUUAUUGAAAGUCGUCAGGAGGUUCAAAAAUCUGUUAAAAAUAAUGCUUUAACAGCAGGUAAUGACAUUAUUAAUUUUUUAAGAAAAACUGAAAAUUAUCGAAAAUCAGUUGGUCUUAAUCAAACCGAGGAAGAUGAGGGGGUGCCCGACGGUAACAAACCCGUACCCGCAACAGUGGGGCCUUCAGGUGCGGGUCAUAAACCGGGAACGGUUGCUUCUUCAACUGAAAAAAUUGAAGAACAUUUUCGUAAAAACGGCGUAAAACCUAUACCGCAGGGUAUCAAAUUUGCAGAUGGUCAACUUGGUAUAUCAUAUCAAGAUAUGAUAGAGGAUUUAACACACGCAACUAUACGCAAACACAACCAAAUUUAA